AUGGCCGUGAAUCAACAACACUUCCACUUGGACUCUGUCAAAGAUGAAGAGACCUGUGUAGUGGAUCAUGUCGACUACCAGCAAGACCCCAAGCCCACAGAUACCGGACAACAGCCCGACAAGUUUGGCUCAGUGGCCAAAGUUGACCCGAAGGAGAUUGCACUGGUAAAGAAGCUGGAUAUGUAUCUCAUGCCUAUCCUUUGGCUGAUGUAUUUUCUUAAUUUCCUCGACCGAAAUGCGAUCGUCAACGGGAAGCUCAACAAUCUCGACAAGGACCUCAACAUGGUUGGCUCACAGUACAAUACCUAUAUCACAGGUCAGAUCCCGUCCAACAUGCUCGUCACUCGUGUCAAGCCGGCCUGGUACAUGUCCGGUUGGAUGAUGGCAUGGGCAAUCGUCUCUACUCUGAUCUGUGUGGUCAAAGAUUAUCACGGCAUGCUUGCUUGCAGACUGGUGCUGGGCAUUACGGAAGCCCCCUUCUACUCCGGCGCUUGCUACAUGGUUAGCCUCUUCUACACCCGGAAGGAAACUGCGACGAGACUUGCCGUGUUUUACACCGGGAACUUGCUUGCGAGCUCCUUCUCAGGAUUGAUCGCAGCGGGUGUUUUCGCUGGUCUUGAUGGCAAGCAUGGUCUUGCUGGCUGGAGGUGGUUAUUUCUCAUCCAAGGCGUGGUCACUGUGGGAGUCGCAGUUGUUGCCUUCUUCAUGCUUCCAAACGCUCCUCUCCAAACUCGAUGGUUGACCCCCGAACAACGACAGCUAGCUCAUGACCGUGUCGCGAGGGACACGACAGAAAAGCGACAGGCAACCAGUGCAUGGUCCGGACUCUGGGAAGCAGCGACAGACUAUCGAACUUGGGUUUUUGCACUAAUGGGAAACCUUCACUUAUCGGCUAACGGGUUCAAGAAUUACAUGCCCACGGCCGUGAAGUCCCUCGGCUUCAGCACGACGAUCACACUGGUACUCACAUGCCCACCCUAUCUGGUCGCUGGUGUCACCUCGGUACUUGUUUCGUGGUCUUCAGGGUACUUUAACGAAAGAACUUGGCACGUCACCAUGUCGAAGAUUGUCGCCAGCAUCGGCUUCGCUGUCGCAACCAGCACUAUGAACAUCGGCGCAAGGUACUUCGCCAUGGUGCUGUUCGUCGGGGCAACGUAUGGAGUGAACAACAUCAAUGUAGCAUGGACGACCGCAACGGUUGGACAGACCGAUGAGAAGAAGGCAGCCGCUAUCGCCAUGGUUAAUACCCUGGGAAACCUUUCUUUCGUGUACACGCCCUACCUUUGGCCUGAUAGCGAUAGCCCGCUGUUUCGGAUGGCGAUGCUUGCGAGUAUUGGCUUUUCAAUGGGCGUGGUGGCAACUGCAUGGCUGAUGAAGAACUCGGUUCACCACUCGGGAUUCUCAAUUCGCCCAGAUGAGAAGAAGAGUUUGGUGGUCUAUCUAUACUUGGAACACGAUACAGAUGAGCAACAAGAGACUGCUUUUGGUACCACAGAAGCCGAACACAUCCACUAUGUCAUCAAGAUGGUAGACAUCGCCCAGUUGCUUGGAAGAAUCAUGGACACGCACUUUGCACCGGGUAGGGGUCCUCCAGGACCAGCUGAAGUGCGUGAUUUGAAGCAGCAACUUGAGCAGUGGAAACAAAGCCUGCCUGAUGAUAUGCGCAGAGGGCCUGAGGAGGGCCAGCCAUCGGUCCUCACUCAUCUAAUACAUCUUGCGUACAACCACUUGCGCAUUCUCGUUCAUCGAAACGGCUGGCUCCGGAAUCGCGAUGAAGAGGAUAAGAAAGCAGCACUUGCUGCAGCUUGUCGCAUUAGUAGGAUCACAGAAGACAUGCUUGCGCAAAAGACUUUGCAAUACGGCCAAAUGCAUUUGCUCACCAGUUUAUUUGCGGCGCUAUGCAUUCACGCGAUAGACAUCAGAUCCGCCGAUGGAAUUGGACGCAGACUUGCCGAGCACCGGGCUCAAAUGUGCUUGCUAGGGCUGAAAGAGAUCCAGAAAUACUGGCGCAUCAACAACAACGUCCUCGAUCUCUUUCUCCAGUACCUCGAUGAGUCUAUCGCGAAGAGACUAAAUAACGACAACACGGAAUCCGCGCCAUUGAACGGGGAUCAAACAUCACCACAUGCAUCGGGCAUCAGCCCACUUGAUCCGACGAGAGGUACUUCUCAAAGUCUAGCUAACGAUUCCGCGGACCAAAGCCGGACCAGUGUCAUCGAGGAUCAAUAUUUCAACCUGAUGCGCACGAAUUGGGAGGGCGAAGAUGCUCUUGGAGAUCUCGGCUUGUUCUUAGAUCCUCAACUCUACGCCAACGGCCCGAUGCAAGUUGAAGGACUCAACUUCCUUCAACGGUGUCUAUGA